AUGGCCAAGUUCAGGGUGAGAGUGUCCACAGGAGAGGCCUGCGGGGCUGGUACGUGGGACAAAGUGUCUGUCAGCAUCGUAGGGACCAAGGGAGAGAGCCCCUUGCUGCCCCUGGACCACCUCGGCAAGGAGUUCACUGCGGGUGCUGAGGAGGACUUCGAGGUGACGCUCCCUCAAGAUGUGGGCCAGGUGCUACUGCUUCGCGUGCGCAAGGCGCCGCCAGACCUGCCUCCCCGGCUCGGGCUCCGGGCCCCGGACGCCUGGUUCUGCCGCUGGUUCCAGCUCGUGCCACCGCGGGGCACCCCGCUCCACUUCCCCUGCUACCAGUGGCUGGAAGGGGCGGGAGACCUGGUGCUGCGGGAAGGGGCAGCCAAGGUGUCCUGGGCAGACCACCACCCCACACUCCUGCAGCAGCGCCAAGAGGAACUGCAGGCCAAACAGGAGAAGUACAAAUGGAAGACUUACAUCCAAGGUUGGCCUCACUGCCUCGACCAGGUGACCGUGAAAGACCUAGACCUCAACAUCAAAUACUCCGCAGUCAAGAAUGCCAAAUUCCACCUCAAAGUCAGAUCUGCGUUUAUAGAACUAAAACUCAAAGGGCUGCUGGACCGCAAAGGGCUCUGGAGGAGUCUGAGGGAGAUGAGAAGGAUGUUCAACUUCCACAGGACUCCGGCAUCAGAUUACGUGUUUAAGCAUUGGCAGGAGGAUGCCUUCUUCGCCUCCCAGUUCCUGAAUGGCCUCAAUCCUGUCAUGAUCCAUCGCUGUCGCUCCCUCCCAAAGAACUUCCCAGUCACCGAUGCCAUGGUGGCCCCAGUGCUAGGCCCCGGGACCAGUCUGCAGGCUGAGCUGGAGAGGGGCUCCCUGUUCUUGGUGGAUCAUGGCAUUCUCUCUGACAUCCAUACCAAUAUCAUCAAUGGGAGGCCUCAGUUCUCUGCGGCACCAAUGACCCUCUUAUACCAGCGCCCAGGGCGUGGGCCCCUGCUGCCCCUUGCCAUCCAGCUCAGCCAGACACCAGGGCCCAACAGCCCCAUCUUCCUGCCCAGCGAUGACAAGUGGGACUGGCUUCUGGCCAAGACCUGGGUACGCAAUGCUGAAUUCUCUGUCCAUGAGGCCCUCACUCACCUGCUGCAUGCACACCUGCUGCCUGAGGUCUUCACCCUGGCCACACUGCGCCAGCUGCCCCACUGCCACCCACUUUUCAAGCUGCUGAUUCCACACAUGCGGUACACCCUGCAUAUUAACACGCUCGCCCGUGAGCUGCUCAUCGCCCCCGGGCAGGUGGUGGACAGGUCCACAGGCAUUGGCAUUGAAGGAUUCUCUGAGCUGAUAAAGAGGAACAUGAAGCAACUGAACUAUUCUAACCUGUGUUUUCCUGAAGACAUCCAGGCCCGAGGAGUUGAAGACAUUCCAGGCUACUACUUCCGCGAUGAUGGGAUGAAAAUUUGGGAGGCAGUGGAGCGCUUUGUCUCUGAAAUGGUCAGCAUCUACUACCCAAGCAAUGUGUCUGUUCAAAAUGAUCAAGAACUCCAGGCCUGGGUGAAGGAGAUCUUUUCCAAUGGCUUCUUAGGCCAGGAAAGCUCAGGUAUGCCUUCCUCAUUGGACACCCAGAAAGCCCUGGUGCAGUUUGUUACCAUGGUGAUAUUCACUUGCUCAGCCAAGCACACAGCUGUCAGUUUAAGCCAGUUUGAUUCCUGUGUUUGGAUGCCCAACCUGCCACCCACCAUGCAGCUGCCACCACCCACUACCAAAGGCCAGGCAAGGCCUGAGGGUUUCAUAGCCACCCUUCCGCCAGUCAAUGCCACAUGUGAUGUCAUCAUUGCCCUCUGGUUACUAAGCAAGGAGCCUGGAGACCGAAGACCCCUGGGCACUUACCCAGAUGAACACUUCACGGAGGAGGCCCCGAAGCAGAGCAUCGCUUCCUUCCAGAACCACCUGGCCCAGAUCUCAAGGGACAUUGAGGAGCGAAACCAGAUCCUGGCACUGCCCUAUACCUACCUUGACCCUCCCCUCAUCGAGAACAGUGUCUCCAUCUAA